CAGUUUUGCUGGACUGCUCAACUUAAAAGAACUGUAUAUGAAAUGUACACAUCUCGAUACAAUUGAAGAGGAUCUGUUUUCCCAUCUGGGACAUUUGCAAAAGUUAGAUCUUUCCAACAGUGGGAUAACGACUGUGAAAGACGGAGCAUUUAAUGGUUUACAAUAUCUCAGGCAAUUGUAUCUACAGACGAACAGCAUUAUAACAUAUGGACAGUACAUUGUGAAAGAUUUAAUUAACCUGGUUGAGUUGCAUACUGACACAAAUAACCUCUGCUGCCCUCACUAUCGCCCCGCACGUCUUGAAAACUGCUUUUCUCCAGAGGCGUCUAUAUCAUCAUGCAAAGAUUUGAUGGCAAAUUCAUUCUUGCGUGUUGCGAUAUGGGUUUUAUGCAUUGCGACACUUACUGGCAACAUUCUGUCUAUUGGUCUCCGAAUAUGUUGGGAAAGGCGUUCAUUUAUGAAUGGAUAUAGUGUGUUUGUUACACAUCUUGCCGUGUCUGACUUUAUCAUGGGAUUAUACUUACUUAUAAUAGCCAUCGCGGACACAAGGUAUCAAGGGAUAUACGUUUUGAAGGAUCAAGAGUGGAGGUCUAGUGUCUUUUGUAAGAUAGCUGGAUUCUUAUCAACUUUGUCUUCAGAAGCAUCUGCUCUGUUUAUAAGUCUGAUUACCGUUGAUAGAUUUUUGGUUAUCAAAUACCCAUUCCAACAAAUCAAGAUUACAUUCCGAUCAGCAAUGGCUUGGUCUGUCCUUGUCUGGAUUGCUGCAGGGGUUAUUGCUGGUAUACCUCUCUUACCUCAACUGUCCAACUGGGAAUUCUACAAUAAAAAUGGAGCAUGCCUGGCUGUGCCGUUCUUCACAGAGAAGAAGCCCGGAUGGAUCUAUUCUGCAUGUGUUUUCAUAGGUCUGAACUUUGUUGCCUUCAUUUUCAUUGCCUUUGGGCAAUAUAGCAUCUACAGGAAAAUCAAAGAAGUAUCAGUGAUGUCAAAUCAGGACAGAGGUUCCCAAGAUGUGGAGGUUGCCAAGAGGCUUCUACUGAUUGUGUCUACCGACUUCUUGUGUUGGUUUCCUGUUGGGAUUAUGAGUCUUUUAGCUCUCACGGGAAUUAAAAUCGGCGUUGAGAUGUUCGCUUGGACGGCUGUGUUUAUUUUACCUGUCAACUCAGCUCUCAAUCCUUUUCUCUAUGCAGUACCAGCUGUCAAGCACAAAAUGAGGAUGAUGAGGAAGCAGUCACAGAAAAAGGAAACAGAGACAAAUAUCAGUUUGGCAUCCACAUCGAGACGUAAAGAUGUGUUCGUGAAAGAAGAUGAACUUGACCCUAACUUUCGACUUCUGGAGGACCUGCUGCUUCACCUGAACUCAGUUCGUGAUAAAAUGAAGCUGAUUGAACAGGUCAUGGCUUAUCUUGCCGAUUGCACGGCUGUCCCCGAAACACUGCAGAUACACCCUAAUGCCAUAUGUGUUUGGAUGCGGCGGAAUGUUGUUGUCAGGGUUUGUGUUUCCGCGAAAAGUGAUCACCAGUGCAGUGAUUGGACCACCGUCAUCUUAUCUCUGUUAGAAGGGCGUCGUGACUGACGCAGAUUUGCAACAAUCAUGAUGGAGUUGUGUGAUAUUUUACCCUUUUGUCUUGACCAUAUACCGACAGAAGCACCUUUCCCCACGAAAGCCGACAACUGUAAUGGCUAAAACGACGGUUAACGAUUUAAAACGUGCUUAUGAUCUUCAAAAGAAAACAUUAGCC